AUGAAUGUCAGCGAAGAGAACCUGCUCAAGUCCAUCAGCAACGACGCGCUCCUCGACCUGACGCAGCGCUACGGCCAAUCAGCCUUCGGGUUCGGCGCUGGCCAUGGUGCUGGAAGUCCCGGCCGCUUUCCGCUCACACCGGCCACCGACUUCCUCUCCGGGCAGACCGCGAAGUCCAACGAGAGCGGCGGGGAGCACACGAGCGACGACGAGGACGGCUUCGACACGCUUGAGUCCCGGAAGAGGGGCUCGUCGUUUGGGGACGACAAGCCCGGGGGCCCCCUCGCCAAGAAGUCCAAGGAGCAGCGCUCCCUGCGGCUCAGCAUCAACGCCCGGGAGAGGAGGAGGAUGCACGACCUGAACGACGCGCUGGACGGCCUGCGCUCUGUUAUCCCCUACGCCCACAGCCCCUCGGUGAGAAAACUCUCCAAAAUAGCCACUCUCCUCCUGGCCAAGAACUACAUCCUCAUGCAGGCUCAGGCCCUGGAGGAGAUGAGGCGGCUGGUGGCGUAUCUGAACCAGGGACAGACCAUAACCUCACCAAUCCCUACCGCCCUGGCGCCCUUUGGACAGGCUGCCGUCUACCCGUUCUCGGGCUCUGCACUCGCCACCUGUGCCGAGAAGUGCACCACUUAUUCCGGGACACCGUCGAGUCUCUUCAAACACUGCAACGACAAGCCUUGAUUUGGUUUCACUCUCUUUCCUGAACUUUUACCUUUACUGCACCCAUGUCGGUCUCUCUCCCACUCUAGUUAUUUUUAAAUCAUUCUGUGGAAAAUAAAGCAAGUUUAGUCUGAUGCAUAAUCUUAAAGUACGGU